AUGCCGGGGAAGCGGGGCUCGGCGGGCGGCGGAGAGCUGCCGGGGGCCGGCGCGGCGAAGCAGCGGAGGCGGCGGAGGAAGGUGUCCUGCUUCUCCAGCAUCCAGCUCUUCCUGGUGUCCGAGUGCGCGCUGAUGCUGGCCCAGGGUACCGUGGGAGCCUACCUGGUGAGUGUUUUAACCACCUUGGAGCGGCGAUUCAACCUCCAGAGCGCAGACGUGGGUGUCAUUGCCAGCAGCUUUGAAAUCGGCAACCUGGCCCUCAUCCUUUUUGUGAGCUACUUCGGAGCCCGAGGACACAGACCACGCUUGAUAGGAUGUGGAGGGAUUGUCAUGGCCUUGGGUGCCCUCCUUUCCGCGUUGCCUGAAUUUCUGACCCACCAGUACGAAUACGAAUCAGGGGAAAUACGCUGGGGAGCUGAAGGGAGGGAUGUAUGUGCUGCCAAUGGGUCCACCAGUGAUGAGGGACCAGACCCGGACCUUAUCUGCAGGAAUCGGACUGCCACCAACAUGAUGUACUUGCUGCUCAUUGGAGCACAGGUCCUCCUGGGCAUUGGUGCUACCCCUGUCCAGCCCCUGGGAGUUUCCUACAUUGACGACCACGUGAGGCGGAAAGAUUCCUCUCUGUACAUAGGGAUCCUGUUUACAAUGCUGGUAUUUGGACCAGCCUGUGGAUUUAUCUUGGGCUCCUUCUGUACCAAAAUCUAUGUGGAUGCUGUGUUCAUUGACACAAGUAAGCUGGACAUCACCCCAGAUGACCCUCGCUGGAUCGGUGCGUGGUGGGGAGGCUUUCUCCUCUGUGGUGCCUUACUCUUCUUCUCGUCCCUGCCCAUGUUUGGCUUCCCGCAGUCCUUGCCCCCAAGGCCGGAGCACGCUGGGGAGAGCGAGCAGGCCAUGCUUCCUGACAGGGACUACGAGAGGCCCAAGCCGAGCAACGGGGUCCUGCGGCACGCGCUGGACGCAGAGAGCAGCACAACCUGCUUCCAGCAGCUACGAGUGAUCCCCAAAGUAACAAAGCACUUGCUCUCCAAUCCCGUCUUCACUUGCAUCAUCCUGGCGGCCUGCAUGGAGAUAGCUGUGGUGGCAGGCUUUGCUGCCUUCCUGGGGAAGUACCUGGAGCAGCAGUUCAACCUCACCACCUCAUCUGCCAACCAGCUGCUGGGGAUGACAGCAAUCCCAUGUGCAUGUCUGGGCAUAUUCCUGGGCGGCCUUUUGGUGAAGAAGCUCAGCCUUUCUGCUCUGGGAGCCAUCAGGAUGGCCAUGCUGGUGAACCUGGUGUCCACAGCUUGCUACGUGUCAUUCCUGUUCCUGGGAUGUGACACAGGACCUGUGGCAGGGGUUACUGUUCCCUAUGGAAACAACUCAACUCCAACCUCAUCUCUGGACCCAUAUUCCCCCUGCAAUAACAACUGUGAAUGCCAAACUGAUUCCUUCACUCCAGUCUGUGGGGCAGAUGGGGUCACCUACCUGUCUGCCUGCUUUGCUGGCUGCAGCAGCACAAACCUCAGCGGCUGUUCCUGCCUCAGCUCGGUCCCUGCCGAAAAUGCCACCGUCGUUCCUGGAAAAUGCCCCAGUCCUGGCUGUGAAGAGGCCUUCUUGACAUUCCUCUGCGUGAUGUGUGUCUGCAGCAUGAUCGGGGCCAUGGCGCAGACGCCGUCGGUCAUCAUCCUCAUCAGAACCGUGAGCCCCGAACUCAAGUCUUAUGCUCUGGGGGUGCUUUUCCUGCUUCUCCGUUUGCUGGGUUUUAUUCCACCUCCGUUGAUCUUUGGGGCUGGAAUUGACUCCACGUGUCUGUUCUGGAGCACGUUCUGCGGCGAGCAAGGAGCCUGCGCGCUGUAUGACAACGUGGUCUACAGAUACCUGUAUGUUAGCAUUGCUAUAGCCCUCAAGUCUUUUGCAUUCAUCCUAUAUACAACCACCUGGCAGUGCUUGAGGAAAAACUAUAAAAGGUACAUCAAGAACCACGAAGGUGGUCUCAGCACUAGUGAGUUUUUUGCCUCUACUCUCACCUUAGACAAUCUGGGGCGGGACUCAGUGCCCCAAAACCAACCACAUAGGACAAAGUUUAUCUAUAACCUUGAAGAUCAUGAGUGGUGUGAAAAUAUGGAGUCUGUUUUAUAGUGACUGUGGAAGGAUGGACUAUAUUAAUAAUCCGAGGGUCCUUUUUAAUAAAAACGAGAAGAGAGAAUGAAGAAACAAAAUUACAAAACAACAAUGGCAACACAGGAAACUUUUGUCUUUUUCUCAAAGUCAAGCCCAGCCGGGAAUCUUGAGAACGACAUCUUAUAAUGGGAUCACUUGUGAUAUCCUGCAGCGUGAUGGAGAAAGCAGGGAGCUACCAGCCCCUUUGGUGACAGUAUGGGCUUCCAAAAUGGCAAUCACCAAAGGGCAUCCGCAGAGCUUCAUUGGAGAGCUCAGCCAAUAGAGAGCCUCGGGCACGAGGUGUUGAGGAAGCAAGAUGAAGAUGGCAAUGCUGGAAGAGGCAUUUGCAGCCCCAGGGGCCAUCUGUUCCCAUAGAAUGGGCUGAAGGAUCCGCCCUUCGAACCUGGGUGCCGCUCAGACCCGACGUGCUCUGUGAUGUUGCUCUGACACCAGCCAUGAGUCCACGAUAAACACCUUGAAAGCUGCUGGAAAGCUUCCAGGUAGCGAGCAGUGCUGUCCCAGCACCCGAGUCCUUCCAGCCGAGGCGUGUUCGCAGAUCGCAGCUUUUGGGCUGUCUCUGAAUAGCUGUGCUCAGAUCUUUCAAACCCAGUAAAGUUGGAGAUGUUUGCUCACACUUGCCAAAUGUGCUGUCAUUUUUAAAGAGGGAUGAAUUCCAAAUAUUUGUCUGUGUAAUCCUCUAAUUUUUGAAAUUAUUUUCAAAUCUGUGUUAACCCUUAAAUCGCUGACACUUUUCCAUAGGGAGGACUUACGCUAGUUUGGGGGAGGAUCCUGUUGAAUAAUGUGACUCAAGGGGUUUGUUUAAUCCUCUGCAUUUUUUAUCCAUACGCCUUCAUUCUAAUAUGCUACCAAGCCAAUGAAGACACAUAAUAUGUUUUUAAAAAAGAGAACGAACGCACUGUGUCUCUAUAAAAACAGUUGGAGAAUUAUAGAUAAUAUGAUGAUUUACAUAAUAUAGUUUUUUCAUAUUCUAUGUGACUCAGUGAAUACAUAUAUAUGAAGGGAGAAACUGUUUAUGUUCUCUCCUGUUUUUAAAGAUAUAUAUAUAUAUAUAUAUAAUUUGCAAUCUAGAAAUUGUGUGGUGGAAGUUUUCUUUAAAGUACAUGUGUGUGCGUAUGUGUGUAUGUACCAGGUGAAAGGAAUACUGACCUUAAUCUUCACAACAGAUAUUUUUCUCACUUGAGAAAUUCCACUCAUUUCCAUGGAAGCCAUGUGAGGAAAGUAGAAUAAUCUCCCCUCCUGGAAACCACAUUUUUGCCUUGAGAUGUGCAAAGUGUGUUCCUCUGGAAGGCUGGGUUAUGGGAUCAGAGGCUGGCCAGCACUGAGCACCUCUGAAAUGUUCGUUCACAUCUUCAGGAGGUGCCCAUGCAGAACAGAUUUGGCUUUGCCUUUGCAAUGCAGUCUUAUCCAAGACUGCGGAAAUCAAGGGGAAGCUCUCAUCUGAUUUCAGGAAGCCAUCAGGUCAGGCUUAUUUUGCAUGUAUUAUUUUUAUUGUCCAAAACAUUCCCGUUGGGAAGCAAUAUUAAGUGAUUGUGUUUGAUGAGUUUUCCCUGGCCAAAAAUGGAAACCAGACCCAUUUCCACUGGAGCAAGUGUCAGAAGAGUUUUAAGGGUCAGCAUCAUACUCAGAAACCUCCUUUUUUUGUUUGUCUUUUGAAGCUGUUGUGAACGUGCAGGUUGUUCAGAGAAGUGAGCCGGCGCCUUGAUCCGAAUGCUGGGCAUCACUUCCAUGCAGCUGAUGGGCUGAUCUGCCCCUGCUCCUCACCCAUUGCUGGCAGUUACGGAGGCUGAUAACCUGCUACUCAUUUUUAGCAGACCUUGCUCUUAUCUGAGCAUUUACACAUGGGUGUGGGGCAUCAGGCUGCCUCCACAUGAGUUGCUUCACAAACAAUUUAUGCACAGCAUUACAAGUUCAGCAACAAUAAGGGCAAAAAAAGGAUGAAAUAGGUAUAUUAAACAAACUCCACUGUGCCAAAUACUAAACAAAUGUUAUAUCUGCAGAACUUUGGUUCUUGGUUUGCAGCCGUGCUAAGAAUCACUUGGAUAAUGGGGGAGUUUAAGGAAAAAAAAGCUACAAAUCUAUGCAGUGCCAUUGUUAGGUGCAGUGGUAAAUGAUGCUUUUAGACCAUUAGAUUUGUUUAGUAUAUCCUGUCUGCUAGAAUAAGAGAUACUGCAUCCAUAAAACAAUGAAUUUUAAAAAAGCACAGGGUGCAUAACUGUCUCAUAAAAUAUGUAUAAUUGUCAAGUAUAAGCCUUUGGAAUCAUUCUGUACAGUUCUCUUCAUUCUCAAAAUUUAUUACUUAGACUGCUGUCUUUUCAAAUGUUAGCUCGUAAUGUUGUACUGUACACAUACAUUCAGACUUGAACACAAAUGUUGGAGAAUGGAACCUUUCUCAAAGCCUGGCUGCUUGAAAUUCUGUACUCCUUUUGUGAUUCAGUUUUUCUCCUCUGAGGACCCGAGGUGAAGGAGAAUGGCAUGGUGGCAUGAUGGAAAACAAGCUCUCAGCAUUCAAGAGCUGUGGUUUGUCAGUCUACUCCAAAGUUCCCUUUGACUGGAGUUACAGAAACAGGAUUCCAGUGCACUUAACGCUUUCAAUUUUAUUUUUUCCUUUCUAAAUUCUUUUUUAAUUCUUUUUUAAAUUUAAUCUCUUCUCUUGGUAUGUGUGGGAGAUGUGAUUGAAUGAAGUUACUUCUAUUAUUUUUAAGCUUAACUUAAAAUAUCUGCACGAUUGUUGUUUUAUGUCUUUUGUUAAUGUGAUUUUUGCAAAGCUCUCUUCCCAUCCCACUCUUUUUUUUUCCUAGAGAUCUAUCAGAUGCCUGCAUCGUUAAGGGCUUUACUGCCAUUGCUUUGGUACAGGUUCAAAACAAGGGUUUUAUUUUAAAGAAAACAUGCAGACCAAAACCUUCCUCCAUCCCAGCAGGCUCUUUGCUUUCCUGAUUUCAAAAUCACAAACGAGGUUCGCCAGUCAUUCUUCUAGGAGGACAAGUGAAGAGUCUCAACCAUCCUCCUGCUUCCCAGUGUGCAGUGUGGACCUUCGCCUGUGAGCACUUCACUUCCAUCCCACAACUGCCUUAACCAUGCAGCAAACUUGAGAGCAAAGAUGGAGGUGGAGAAGUGUCUGGGAGCAUCAGUGGUGCCACGGUCCGAGCAGCGCACUCCGGUUUCAUUGAUGGAAUUUUUUCUCCAUAUUCAGGGGCAUUAAAAUUGAGAGCUUUGUUGAGCCAUUGGUCUCAGCAGAAAUGUUAUUUUGCCAUCUCCAAGCACGGUGUUCUCUACAUGACUGUCUGCUAAGGAAGGGGAUGCUGGAGAUGUAAACCCGCUUGAGAGGCAGCAGUCUUUGAGGGUUUGUCCAGUUGCCUUGCAUGACUUCAGAUUGGGGUUUCCUUUCUCUUGAAUGCAUACCACCUUGUGUUGUCUCAAUAGAAUCAGAAGGGAACCCCAAUCAAAAACCGGUGCAGAUUACCAUUGAGGUUUUUUGUUUGAUUUUACAUCCUCAUUCAACACCAGGCUGCAUUUUCAGAACCUUUUUUUAAAUACAUAUUGAAGCCACUCAUUUUUCUGUCUUUGCCCAGAACAUCUUGGAUGUGUAAUGAGAUCAAAAAGAUCAUCAAUUGAAUUAUCUAAACAAAGCCUCCCUUCCUUAGGAACUUGAAAUGUUUCAAAAGAAGUAAGAAGGGCCUCGCACUGCCAUACCCUGUGAGAUGCUCUGAGCUACUGAGUGCUUCCAUGCGGAUCUCACCUUGCUGCGAAGAUGAAAAGGGGAAGGUGCAGAAAGGAAUCAGCGUCAGUUAGUUGCAGUAGUUAAUGAUUCAGAAUUGAGCUGAUGGGCUGCGGACGUUUGGAAAGAGAUCAGAGUAUUUCCGAAUGGCUGAUAGUAUUGGAAAUGCUAAGUCAUGGCCUGAAGCAGUGAUUGAGCACCUGGUGGGAAGGCAGGGCCAAGCCAGGGGAGCUCAGGUGUAUGCAAUGCAAUGCAAUGCAAUGCAUCGCAUCUAAGUGGUGAAGGGGUGGAGCCAGGAUCUAUCCCUUCCCAGAUCUCCUUUAAGGGCUGGCAGUGGAGGUGAGGAGAUCUUGCUGGAGAUCCCUGCCUGCCUGAGGUCUUCUAAAGGUAUGCAGUUUUUCUUCCUUUGUUUCUGUCUCCACGGCUGCUAUGUUUGGGUUUGCUCUCAUUUGCUGCAGCCUAGGGGUGUGCUGCUCUGCUGUUAUUGCUAUACCUUCCAUCACAUUAUGGCAUUAUGCUGAGAUACACUGGUGUUUUUUCUUAAAUUAACAAAAAAAAGAGUCUGAAUGAGAUUUGUAGUCUUUCCAAUCCUCACCAGAGUUUGGUGUAGCGUCCUUAGCUGGUCUUUGCUCGUCAGAAGUGUAAGAAGUGAGAUACUUGGGGUUUACCUUUGUGUGUUCUGUGGGCACCAUGUUCUCUGAAGAUCUGAGCAAGACUGAUAGCAUGGUGUUGUUUAUUUUUGGUAGGAGGGACAGGGAAUUAUCCUGUAGUAAAGACAUAUGCAAGUACUUUACUGGAGUGAUGUCUUAACAGCUUUGGUCCUUUGUUCACAAGGACCGCUCUGCCUUUGGACGCAGCCAUGCACAUUUGUCCCCUUAAUUUCACACGUGCAAUCUUUGUAGGAAGAAGCAGAUGUGUUGUUGCUCUCUGUGUGGAACUGGUUAACUCCUUUGAAGUAAACAGACCUUAUAUGUUGGGCAGAGCACCCCUGAAUAUAAGCAAUAAUAUUCACCUGUUCCUGCUCCCAUUAGGAGCUUGUUCCUUUCUUACUGAAGGCUGAGCUCAUCCCAUUCCCACCAUCAUAUGUUACUGCUGUGAUUCAUCUUUUUUUGUGGCUCCAGGAGGCUCCCAGCACUCUCCUUUCAUUUCAACAUAAUGCCCUUCUGUCCACUUAGCCUCCCACCCCACCGGGCAGCCAGCAGAUAAUUAAUUGCUGUGAACAUAAGCAGCAAUUAAUUGAGAUAGAGCUUCCAGGAGUAACUGGGGUGAUGGCAUGAUGACCCAGCCUCCAGUGCUGCUGAGCAGACCUGCCUGUCCUACCUUCUCAAAACCCACAGUUUGUGGGUAUUUCUUCCAGACCAGCCAUCAGCUUCCAGCCACAGUGCUUCCUUCCUUUCAGAUUGAAUGUCAUGAGAAAUUUCUUUUCAAAAGAAGUGUGGUAAUGCAUUGGCACGGGGAGGUGGGGGGGGGUUCACCAUCCUUGGAGGUGUCUAAGAACCAAAGAGAUAUGGCACUGAGGGACAUAGAGAGUAUGGGUCAAAACUAGAUGAUUUUAGAGGUCUUUUCCAACUCUUAUGGUUUCUCUAGUGGCAAUGCCUCACUUCUACCAAGUCACUACUGGCAUUUAAAUUUGCUUAGGAUAUGAGCAGGUCUCAGAUAGUUUCAAAGCACGAUAGCUUGUUCUGCUUUGAUGCACUAGGUGUUACUUCUAGGCUGCAAAACGUGUUUUCCAUUGUUCCAUUUAAAUUUCUAGCCAAUCUGAGUCUUAAUAAAAUUACUUUGCCAUGGAAAUAAUAUUUCAGCAGUUCUUAGACUUCAGGUACUUAUUUAUUAACUAGUGAUACUAAGUAUGAUCUGUGGCUAUUGUCUAUUCCUUGAAUCCAGUGAAGCAGAUGAGGCUCCCUCUAGUCAGAAGCAAUGCCAUGGUUUUCUUUUUCAGAGUAUGAGCGUGGACUUUUUGAAUUCCAGUAUUGCCACUGAUAUAGGCUGAGGUAUGAGUAUCCCUUAGUCCUGAGAGGAUAUUUAGGGGAAACCACGAAGGAAUCCAUUUAGAUGGCUGCAAGAGUAGGAGCAUGGGGUGAUGUAUGUAGUGCAUACAUACCAUUCUGGUUGUCAAAACCUUGCUUCAGUCUCUAUCUAUUUGAUGGAUGGAGUGACUCUAGAGAUACGGUCUUUGGCAUGCUAUGAGUUUGUGGUGUUUUCCCUGCUUUCAAGAUUAACUGCAGGAGAGCAGAAUAUCACACCCUAGGAAGGAAAAGAUUAGCAGUGCACUGACAAUUUCCAACUCUGGACUUGCUUUACACGAAGUCAUUGUCUGCACGUGGCAAAAAGCAAUAAGGAACUUGUCAAGUCCAACCUAGCAAAUAAUUUAUAGCGACUUCAUAAAUGAAUUUUUGCUUUUAUUUCUUCCUUGUGAGUUGCUGAGAAAAACAAGAAAAUGCCUCCAGUGUAUUUGCAAGGCCACUUCUGCAUAUAAUCUGUGGUUGGGUUGGGGGUUGAAAAAGCUUUCUUAUAAUUCAUACAAAUUUGUUCUGUCUGGACAUGGAAGUCAUGGGGGACAUUUCUAAUCCCUGGUUCCCUAGGAUGGAAUUUUCUCCUCAGUACAAAUGUUUUGUUCAAAAGUAUGUGAUUAAGAAUUGAGUGGGAGGGUUCUCAUUCCCUGCCAGUGGGCAGAGUGCUGCUGGGCACACACAGGUUUAGGACAGCCAAAAUGCUGGCUUCCAGCUCACCAUUCACUUUCCAGGAAUAUUCUCUCCCAGACACUUGAAAUUCUCUGCCUCUCUCGGUGUUCCUACCAGUUAAUGCAUUCAUUUGAGUAAUUACUGAGAGCAAACAUGAGAAGGGUAUGAACCCAGACAAAAACAAACUGCUGUUCAGGUGAAGCAGGUGAUGGAAAUUUUAUUUGCAGUGUUAGCACAGAUCUGAAGCAGAAGUCCCUCGGGGAUCAAUGAGGUGCACGUUGCCCAACGUAUCCUGGCUCUUCCCAAUGGAAUUGGCAGUUGGUAGGACAGAAAAGAGAGUCUUUCCCUGCCACUUACAUAUAACUUUGCCCUUGAAAAUCCUUUUCUUUUGACAUCGCACAAAUACCCUCCAGUGUAAACUGCACCUCAGUGCUAUGUUUUUGGUGCCUCACAACAGAAUGAACUUGAAAGGAAGGAAUGGGUUGGAUUAGAUGAUCGCGGUGAUCUUUUCCAACCUUAAUUAUAUGACUCUGUGAGUGACCCCGUUCUUGGCUCAUGGUGCUUUUGGUGAGAUGGGAGGUGGUGAUCCCUUUUGAAGAAUCACAGCCAUUUUCCUAAAGUCUUUUGCACAGUCGGACCAAAAUUGUGCUCCCUUGGUUGCAGGUGGCUACAAGCUGUGCUCGGAGGCCUUUAGCUUGUUCUACAGCCUCUGUUGCCUUCUUGACAUUUUCAGCUAUAAGCAUGGUCCUGAGGAUAUGCAUUUAAUGCCAUUGAGAAAUAGUACGGUUUGCUAAUGGCCUAUGACCCCAAAGUGUGACUAUUCAUGUCAGCAUGUGACAGCAGCCCCCACCAUCCUUUUUUGGGAAGGAGCCAUCUCAGAGCAGGGUUCAAAGCAAAAAGAACCAGCGCUGGGACGGGGCAGCAUUGCAAGCAGAAGGCAGCUCUGGGUGCUCUUCAGUAUGGGGAGGGGGAGGGAGGGAUGGGAGCAGGGGAAGAGCUGUGACCUUUUAAAACCCAUAGUGCCUACCACUGCGAAUGGAACGCUGUAUUGUAUUAUAUUAUACGUGACGACCGUGUAAAUAAAGUACAAUAAAUGUGGUGUCUGUUAGGAUUUUGAUACAAGUCAAAUGCAGUCUGCAAAAAUGUUUUAUUUGUUUUUUUUUCCCUGCUGUGUGUACUUAUAUCACACUCAAGGUAUUGGAUGGUUGGGGUUGUGUGAGCUAACAGUACGUAAAUGGCAUUAGAGGGGAAAUGUUUACAAUAAGGAUAUUUUCCAUUUCCUUUUGCCCUGCACAGGUAAGACAUGAGCACUGUGUGAAAGCAAGCCAGGAUGGAGGGAGCAGGGCAAGUUAAAUGCAGUGAGGAGAGCAGCUCUUGGCUUGGAGUGUUUUGUGAGCAGGAGCAGCGCUGCCCAGCCACCUCUCUGCCACAUUUCUGGUUUCUUUGCUUAUUUUCCUGAUGCAGAGCUUGAUCAGGAGCAUAUAUGCUUUGUUUGUGAAACCCUGUUACUCACCCUUGAGUUCCCCCAGCAGCAGCUACAGCUGAGCAAACUAGAGAGCUUAAAAUCCAAAGCAAAUCGGGGAAAGUUCUGCUAACUGAACCAGCUGACCCUUCUGGGGCUCUGGCAGAUAUUGAGGAACCUUUUUACUGACCAAUAAGAAUAUUAGGAACUUUGUUAGCCCACUCCCCCAUCCAUCCUUGUGUUUCUCCGUGGCAUAAUAAUGGAGAACACAAUGCUGUGUUUCAGGGAGGCACGUCUGCUCCAUUCCCUCCAAGUCCUGACACAUCCCAUCACUGGGCUGUUGUUUCUUCCAGUCCUCAGCAGCUGAGGACUUCUCUGGCAAGUGCUUGUGGCCACUGCACAGUGCCACCCACCAUCAGCAUGGGGAGGGUGUUUCCAUGCUGAUGGUCUCAGUGGGGCAUCAUGGUCUCUAUGUCACACCUGGAGCUUGGAGCUCAUCCAUCCGUGUGGCAGUCAGUCCUCUCUAUGGUGCCCGAGGGAGAGCCUUUGCAGUGUGCUGGUCUUACUGCUGGUGCUCAGUAGCCCUUCCAAAAUAAACCAAAACCUGAAAAAAGGAAAUAUUUCCCUGUACAAUUGAUUUUUUUUAAAAAAAAAAAAGAGAAACCGCACACUCGAUAUAUUUUCAGUACUG